AUGAGGUGUCCAGGAUGUGGAGCAUACUUCCAAACAACUGAUCCAUCAAAACCAGGAUAUUAUCUAAUCAAGAGUAAAAAUGAAAAAUCAUUAUCACCAUCAUUAACAUUAAAAGAUGACGUUGAUGAUAUUGAUAAACCAAAAAAAAGUUUGGAUAAAGAUGAUUUGAAUAGUUUGAUUAGUAUGAUGGAUGAAGAUACUAUAAAACAAUUACAUUAUAACAGAUCUAUGAUAGACUUAAACAAGGAUGAUGAAGAGUCGAGGAAAAUGAAAACAUCAUUAUCGUCACUGGCAACACUUAGUCAAGCUCAAGCUAACGAGAGAUCACUAAGAUUCCUGAGAAAUCAUAAUAAUGAAAUAGUACUAAUCGUAAUAGACAUUUUUGAUUUUCCAAAUAGUUUAAUAAAAGAUUUAGAUAAUCUGAUUGGUAGAAGCAAUCAAACUGUUUUGAUAGCUAAUAAAAUAGAUUUAUUGCCUUCCACAUCAUCACUGCUAACAACAGGACGAAGUUACUUGAUGAGAUGGAUAAGAUCACAAUGUUCCAAAAUGGGAUUAAGAAACCUUGAAGAUAUUUAUUUAAUUAGCGCCAAGAAAAAUGUUGGAGUUAAGCGACUGUUUGAGUAUAUUUCAAGCUUGAGAUACAUCAACAGUAAUGUUUAUUUGGUUGGUUAUACAAAUGUAGGAAAAUCUGAGUUGAUUAAUAGUUUUUUGAGAAGAAUUGCACAAGGCAAAUAUCCAGAAAAAGGAAAUGGCGAUGGCGAUGAUAAUAAAGAGAUAUAUGAAAAGUAUAAACUAACAUCUUCAUUUAUACCUGGCACAACUAUCAAUAUAAAAAUAAAAUCGUCAAAGUCGAUAAUGAAUUAUUUAUAUGAUACACCGGGAAUAGUUAAUAACAAUCAAUUGAUAAAUUAUCUGAACGAGAAUGAAUUAAAGCUAACGACACCACAAAAAUUAAUAAAACCUUUAACUUAUACACUUCAUCCAGGAAGAUCAUUACUGUUUGGAGGAUUUGGUAAGAUUGAUUAUGUCGAGGGCAGUGAAAAACCAAUUCAAUUAACAAUAGUUAGUAGAAUUCCGAUUCAUAUUGCAUCUAUUGACAGAUCGUUCGAAUAUUUUAAAGAAAUGAGCGAGCAAGGUAAACAAACAAUAUUAAAACCGCCAAUUGGAUCAUCAUCAACAUCAUCGGAUAGAAUCAAAUCAUGGCCUAAAUUAGUAAAGUGCAUUAAUAAGUUUAGUAUCGGAAAAAAUAAUACAACAGGGGUAAUUUUUAAGGACAUUGUGUUUUCAGGUGUCGGAUGGGCUUCUAUCGAGUUUCAAAGUCAUCAUCAACAACGACAUAAGAUACAGCACGACAAUUAUAAUAAUAUUGUUAAAUCAGGAGAAAAAGAGGAAGAAAAUAUUCCAAAAUUAAAUGUUUGGGCGAUUGAUCGGAAUGGUGUAUAUGUUAGGGAUCAGUCAAUUUUUCCGUACAAAAACUUCAAGAAAACAAUUGUUAAAUAUACUGGAAAUUCGAUAAAUAAGUGGGAGGGAUGUCCUUAUGAAGGUGAAGUGUUACCUUUGACUGUAGCAAAGAUUGCUGAAAAAUUUUAUAAAAUGGGGUGUUACGAAAUAUCAUUAGCAGAUACAAUAGGUGUUGGAACUCCUGGUUCAAUGUUAAAACUGUUGGAAAGUGUAAAACAUCAUGUACCAAUUGGAAAAAUUGCAGUACAUUGUCAUGAUACUUAUGGUCAAGCCCUUGCUAAUAUAUGUUGUGCUAUAGAGAAUGGUGUAAGGAUCAUUGAUAGUUCUGCUGCAGGAUUAGGCGGUUGUCCUUUUGCUAAAGGAGCAACAGGUAAUGUUGCUACUGAAGAUGUAGUGUACAUGCUUGGAGGAAUGGGAUAUAUAACUGGUGUUGAUUUAAACAAAUUAGUUGAUGUUGGUAAUUACAUUUCUGAAUACUUGAAUAGACCAAAUGGAUCUAAGGCUGCUGUCGCAAUAACUAACAAAUUGAAAAAAUAA